CAUCAGAGGGACUGCAGCUGAAGGCACCUGGUUCAACUUUGGAGCAUGGUGGCUGCCACUUUGUCUGGUCAGGGAUAUGUCAGCUUCCAGAGGACAUCUCUCUCCUCUUAAAACACGUUACCCCCCAAAAUGUCCUUCCCCAGUAGCUCUCCUGCGGCCAACACGUUCUUAGUGGACUCUUUGAUUGGCGCCUGCAGGACGGACAGCUUUUACUCCGGCAGCAACAUGUACAUGCCGUCCGCCGGCUCUGACAUGGGAACUUACGGAAUGCAAACCUGUGGACUCCUGCCGUCUUUCGGCAAAAGAGGGGAGGUCAGCCACCAAAGUAUGGGCAUGAGCGUCCACUCGUACAUACCUCAAAUAGAUAACUGGACUGAUCCGAGCAGACCCUGCAGGAUAGAGUCGUCCAGCCAGAUGUCAAACUGCACAUUUUCACAGAGCAUAAAGGAAGAGAGUAACUGCUGCAUGUACUCGGAUAAGAGAGUGCAAAAAGUCAGCUCGUCAGACGUCCCCGCGUAUUCUGACGCUCUCCCCGAGCCGUGUCCGGUCGACGGCGGUCCGGAGAUCCCGGUUCCGGGCUAUUUCAGACUGAGCCAAACUUACGCGAACGGGAAACACCAGGAAAACUACUGCCAUGACCCGCCGAGUCCAAACCCCACGCUGAUGCAACUCAGCCGGGUCACUCCGAAACCGCAGCCCUCCUCCUCCACCUCCUCCUCGUCCUCCUCGUCUUCGGCGUCCUCGAAUUUCGCGGAGGCUAAAAAGAAAAGCGAGGAGGUGCCGCGAAGACCCGACGCGUCGAGGACGCCGGUCCCCGCGGCGGAGAGCCCGAAGUCCAGCAGCAGCAGCUCCGGGGAGAGGAGCUGCCCCGCGGAGGCGCCGGUGUCCAGUCCCGAGCUGCUGCAGCAGGAAGGGAAAGGCUGCAAGAGUGACCCGCCGACGAGCAACUGGUUGACAGCGAAAAGUGGCAGAAAGAAGAGAUGCCCCUACACGAAGCACCAGACCUUGGAGUUGGAGAAGGAGUUUCUGUUCAACAUGUAUCUGACCCGAGAGCGCCGCCUAGAGAUCAGCCGGAGCGUCAACCUGACCGACCGGCAGGUCAAGAUCUGGUUUCAGAACCGCAGGAUGAAGCUGAAGAAAAUGAGCAGGGAAAACCGCAUCCGCGAACUGACCUCAAAUCUCACCUUUUCGUGAGCCCGCAUGUAUUUGUGGUUUAGCUGUCUUUUAUUAUUAUUAUUAUUAUUAUUAUUAUUAUUAUUAUUAUUAUUAUUAUUAUUAUUAUUAUUAUUAUUAUUAUUUCCUUACUCUCAUACUCAGUUUGAUGCUUCAGCGGCAUUGGACGUUUAUCUUCAAUUUCAACGAAACUGUGACUAUAUAAAUAUAAAUAUAAAUAUAUGUAUAUGCCAAUUGAGUACUUUUUCUUUGUGGCAUCGUGUUGUUUGUUUUGUUUCAUCACAGGGUAACUCACUUUUUGGUCUUAAAUUAUUGCCAGUAGACGCUGAUCCUCUGUUGGGGUCUUGCUGUUUUUUUUUGGGGGGGGGGGAAGAUAAAAAUAAUAAUAAUUAAAAAAAAGUUACUCUGUUUCAGUCAUGAAAGCACAUUUUAUUGUGGUGUAAUAGUGCGACAUUUGUUUUGUUUUUGUUUUGUUUUUUUGUUUCUUCCAGUAAGUGCAAGCCAUGUGCUCAGUAGUGAAAUGUAUGAGCCUUUCAAAGUGACAAGAAACGAUGUUAAUCUGUGAAUUUACUGCAUGUUUGUGGCAUGUUAUCUUGCAAUAAAUUGUCAAAUAAU